GGGCGUCCUAGGCCAAUGAGCGGCGGGCUGCGGGGGCGUCACGGACGGCAGCAGCGGACUUGGGCUGAGGUUCCCGGGCGGGCGGGCGCGGAGAGACGCGGGAAGCAGGGGCUGGGCGGGGGUCGCGGCGCCGCAGCUAGCGCAGCCAGCCCGAGGGCCGCCGCCGCCGCCGCCCAGCGCGCUCCGGGGCCGCCGGCCGCCGCCAGCACCCGCAACGCCGCAGCUCCGGGACCGGCCCCGGCCGCCGCCGCCGCGAUGGGCAACGCCGCCGCCGCCAAGAAGGGCAGCGAGCAGGAGAGCGUGAAAGAAUUCUUAGCCAAAGCCAAAGAAGAUUUUCUUAAAAAAUGGGAAAGUCCCGCUCAGAACACAGCCCACUUGGAUCAGUUUGAACGAAUCAAGACCCUCGGCACGGGCUCCUUCGGGCGGGUAAUGCUGGUGAAACACAAGGAGACCGGGAACCACUAUGCCAUGAAGAUCCUCGACAAACAGAAGGUGGUAAAGCUGAAACAGAUAGAACACACCCUGAAUGAAAAGCGCAUCCUGCAAGCCGUCAACUUUCCGUUCCUCGUCAGACUGGAGUUCUCCUUCAAGGACAACUCAAACUUAUACAUGGUCAUGGAGUACGUGCCUGGCGGGGAGAUGUUCUCACACCUACGGCGGAUUGGAAGGUUCAGUGAGCCCCAUGCCCGUUUCUACGCGGCCCAGAUCGUCCUGACCUUCGAAUAUCUGCACUCGCUGGAUCUCAUCUACAGGGACCUGAAGCCAGAGAAUCUGCUCAUCGACCAGCAGGGCUACAUUCAGGUGACAGACUUCGGUUUCGCCAAGCGUGUGAAGGGCCGCACUUGGACCUUAUGUGGGACCCCUGAGUACCUGGCCCCCGAGAUCAUCCUGAGCAAAGGCUACAACAAGGCUGUGGACUGGUGGGCCCUAGGGGUUCUUAUCUAUGAGAUGGCCGCUGGCUACCCGCCCUUCUUCGCAGACCAGCCCAUCCAGAUCUAUGAGAAGAUCGUCUCUGGAAAGGUGCGGUUCCCUUCCCACUUCAGCUCUGACUUGAAGGACCUCCUGCGGAACCUCCUGCAGGUAGAUCUCACCAAGCGCUUUGGGAACCUCAAGAAUGGGGUCAACGAUAUCAAGAACCACAAGUGGUUUGCCACGACUGACUGGAUCGCCAUCUACCAGAGGAAGGUGGAAGCUCCCUUCAUACCAAAGUUUAAAGGCCCUGGGGACACGAGUAACUUUGACGACUAUGAGGAAGAAGAAAUCCGGGUCUCCAUCAAUGAGAAGUGUGGCAAGGAGUUUAAUGAGUUUUAGGGGUGUGCCUGUGCCCCCAUGGGUUUUCAUUUCUUUCCUUUUUUUGUUGUUGUUGUUGGGGGGGGGUGGGAGGGUUGGAUUGAACAGCCAGAGGGCCCCAGAGUUCCUUGCAUCUAAUUUCACCCCCACCCCACCCUCCAGGGUUAGGGGGAGCAGGAAGCCCAGAUAAUCGGAGGAACAGAAACACCAGCUGCUCCCCCUCAUCCCCUUUGCCCUCCGGCCCCCCCCUCCCAUUUUUCCCUUCCUCCUCCCCCACAGCCCCUACCCCAGCCCACUUCUGCCUGUUUUAAACGAGUUCCUCAACUCCAGUCAGACCAGGUCUUGCUGGUGUAUCCAGGGACAGGGUGUGGAAAGGGGCUCAAACUCAACUCCAGCCCCACCCACACCCCCAUCCCACCCAACCACAGGCACCACUUGCUAAGGGCAAAUGAACAAAGCGCCAACCUUCCCUUUGGAGUAAUCCUGCCUGGGAAGGAGAGAUUUUUAGUGGACAUGUUUAGUGGGCUGCUUGCUAGAAUUUUUUUAAAAACGAUUUAAAAUCUUAUUUUAAGUUCCACCAGUGCCUCCCUCCCUCCCUCCUCUACUCCCACCCCUCCCAUGUCCCCCCAUUCCCCAAUCCAUUUUAAUGAGAAGCAGACUGACUUUGGAAAGGGAGGCGCUGGGGUUUGAACCUCCCCGCUGAGCUGCUAAUCUCCUCUGGGACCCUCCCUGGGGGAUCCUCUCUGCCAAUCCUGCGAGGGUCUAGUCCCCUUUAGGAAUCCUCCGCUCUCUUCUUCCCCAGCAGACCUGUCUUCACCCUUGGGCUUUGAGAGCCAGACAAAGCAGCUGUCCCUCUCCCUGCCAAAGAGGAGUCAUCCCCCAAAAAGACAGAGGGGGAGCCCCAAGCCCAAGUCUUUCCUCCCAGCAGCAAUUUCCCCCAACUCCUUAAUUUUAUUCUCCACUAGAUUUUAAUGUCCAGCUUUCCCUCAGCUCAGUGGGGAGGGCAUAUCUGCAAAAGGACACGGAAGAGGCCAAGUGCCCCCACGUCUUGGCCCGGCGUUCAAGGCUAGAGCUGCUGGGGAGGAGCUGCCUGUUUUACUCACCCACCAGCUUCCGCCUCUGCCAUCCUGGGUCCCCCUCCUCCGGCUUAGCUGUCAGCUGUCCAUCACGUCUCCCCCCAGUCUCAUUUGUGCAUUUUUCUCUCUUAAUAGAAAAGUGGAGACUACCCCGUUCAUCCCCUUAUUUCCCCCUCUCAUAACUUCUCCCCAUCCCAGGAGGAGUUCUCAGGCCUGGGACGGGGCCCCGGGUGGGUUCGGGGGCGAUUCAACCUGUGUGCUGAGAAGGACGAGACUUCCUCUUGAACAGUGUGCUGUUGUAAACAUAUUUGAAAACUAUUACCAAUAAAGUUUUGUUUAAAAAAAAAA